AUGGGAGAAGCUGUUGAGUUGGAACAGGGCCUGAGGACUCGGACGGAUCUUGAAGCUGAGAAGGAUCAUGUCGAGAUCAACACGUCGGCCGGCGACAUCCAUCUGACGACCUCGAACCUGCAAAAGUCGACAGGUAUCCUUGCAAAGACGCUUUCCCGAGUCCGCACGCCCGAAAUUGCCGAUCCAGGACCACCUCCGGAUGGAGGCUUCACGGCCUGGUCGACGGCCAUCGCUACCCAUCUGAUCAUAUUCAAUACCUGGGGCUUUAUCAACAGCUUCGGGCUGUUCCAGACCUACUACGUCGAAGUCAUGAGGAUCGGGGAUCCAAGUGCGGUGGCUUGGAUUGGGACCACGCAAGUGUUUGUCCUCUUUGGUAUGGGGACCUUCACGGGGAGGGCGCUCGACGCAGGCUUCUUCACCAUCCAGUACAUCUGCGGCAGCGUCGUCUACGUUCUAGGCUUGUUUUUGCUCAGUCUGUGUCGCAACUACUGGCAGAUCUUCCUGGCCCAGACGCUCUGCGUGGGGUUUGGAUAUGGAUUGGCAUUCGUUCCCACCCUGGCCCUGAUGAGCACUUACUUCGCCCGCAAAAGGUCCACGGCUCUGGGACUCGCCGUGGCCGGUUCAGCGACGGGCGGUCUCGUGUUUCCGGCCAUCGCCGAAAAGAUGUUGCCCACAGCUGGGUUUCCCUGGACCGUUCGGACCAUGGCAUUCGUGCAGCUUCUGCUGGCCGUGGUGGCGUUUAUGUUUCUGAAGCCACGCCUGCCACCGCGAAAGUCCGGGCCGAUCGUGGAGUGGUCUGCCUUCAAGGAGGCACCAUACACCCUCUACAUCCUGGCCUCAUUUCUGUAUUUUUGGUCCGUCUACGUGGGCUUCUUCUUCGUAGGCACCUUUGGCAGAGACGUCCUUGGGGCCAGUCAAGCCACGAGCAUCAACUUGUUGUUGGUCAUGAACGGCGUGGGGGUGCCUUCUCGGCUGGUUCCGACAUAUAUCGCUCAGCGAUGGGUCGGUGCGUUGAAUCUGAUGAUUCCUCUGGUCAUUUCGGCGGGCAUCAUUCUCUACUGUUGGGUUGCGGUGGACUCGGCGACGGGGUUGUGGAUCUUCGCGGUGGCAUAUGGCAUCGUCGCGGCGGGGAUUCAGGCGUUGUUUCCUGUGGUGCUCACCAGCUUGACAAAAGACCCGAAGAAGAUCGGUGUUCGUACGGGCAUGGGGUUUAGUGUCGCGGGCCUUGCGGUGUUGACAGGGCCCCCCAUAGCGGGAGCACUGAUACAAGGCGAGGACGGGAGUUUUCUUGGGUUGCAGCUGUUCUCGGCGACGAGUAUGAUGGCGGCGGCAGUGGUCCUGCUGUGUGUGAGAUGGGUCACGGUCGGAUGGAGGUGGGAGAAGCUGUGA